CGGGCGGGACGGCGGCGGCGGUGGAAGAGUCAAGAGCCGGCGGCCGCUGUGGAGUUGUCUCCGCCGCUUUUGGCCAGUGAGGGAGAUAUUGAGUAAAUUAAUUAUAUAUUGAGGGAAAAAAAAGAAGGGAAAGUGAGGGGAUAGGGAGUGACGGGCAACAUUGAGAAGCCAAGAGGAGGAAGGAGGAAAAAAAAAUAUUUUUUAAAAAACGCACCAAAGAAAAGAAAACUAAUUUAUUUAAUGAAGAAAACAGGGGCCUGCAAAAUGGCCGGCGACAGCGGCACCUACGAGGUGGUCAGCCGGUAUUUAAAGGACGCCGAGGAGCAGGGCUCGGCGCUCGGCGGCGGUUCGGUGGAGGAGGCCGGCGACGAGGAGGAGGAAGAGGAGGAGAAUGCCGGCGUGGAAGGAGGCGCCGCUGCCUCCUCCUCGGGCCACGGCUCGCCGGCGGCCUCGGCUUACGAGGUGAUAGACGGGACCUUGUACCGCAAGAGGCUGGAGAGGGGGGCGACCAGCUACACCGAGGUGCUGGUGGGCGCCGCCGCUGAGCAGCGACGCGCUGUCAUCGCCUCGUUCCACCAGCAGCCGGCGGCCGGCCAGCGCCACUGCACCAUGGAAGAGACGUACAAGAAUGUUUCUGAGAACUAUUGGUGGGAAGGGAUGUUUCCAGACAUCAGAGACUAUGUCCAAGGAUGCAAUCAAUGUAAAGACAGGAGAGAUAAUCUUCUGAUUUCAGAAGAAAAGCACAUAACUCGUAAAUUGACAACACACUGCACCAAAGUGCUUGAGAGAUUGAACAGUCAACGAUCCAAAGGACUCUUUUGUGAUGUGACUUUGAUAGUGGAGAAAACAUCCUAUCCAGCUCACCGUGCUGUUUUGGCAGCUGUUAGUGAAUACUUCCAGGAUCUGUUUUCAGAGAAAGGAUCCACGUCUAAUAAAAUUGUGGACUUGAAAGGUUUCAGCAGCAAGAGUUUUCUUCCACUUUUGGAAUUUUCCUACACGUCUUCAUUGUCUGUGAAACCGGAUUGUUUUGCUGAAACAUCUGCUUUAGCCAGGCAUCUGAGGAUUUGGGAAGUGGUUGAAAUGUGUGCAGCAUUGUGCAAGUUGCAUGGAACUGCAAACAGUAGAGCACACAAAGAGGAAGCUAGCAAAGAAGAGAAAAAGGAAUUUUCUUCAUAUGAAGUUUGUAUUGAUCAAUCUUUAAUUGGACCUAGACAGCAUGUGCCUGAUAUUUACUAUCGGUUUGGUCAGUUGGAAGAUGGUUCGGCACAACAGAAACUUGAUAAUUUUGGUAGAAAUGUGUUUUCGCCAAGAUCACAUUCACCAGUAAUUCAAGGAGAAACAAAAGUGCCAGAUUUUACUUUUAAGCUCCAAGAAAUGCAGUCAGGACUUUUCAAAGACAAGUUGGCACCAGUACAUUCUGAAAGUUCUAUUGGUAACCUAGGGGUGGAGACAUUGGAAAAUCCCAGUAGACGAUUUAAAUUAUUAGGUUUUUAUGAUAAAACUCCAUCUAAAACACAAAAGGUUAAAUCUGCUUCACCACAGAGGUGUUCAUCUGCAAAUAAAGUGAGUAACAUUCCUACUUCUUUAGAACUGAAAUUUGCAGAUAAGUCAAGAAAUGUUUAUCAUCAAAGAAAAUGCAACCUUGAGAAAACCCCUGUAAAGUCCAAAUCACAUACAAGAGUGUCAAAGCACUUGGAUCAUAAUAUUGCAGGCCCUCAGGACAACUCCGGUUGUAAAGGAGUAAACACACUUCUCCGGUCACCUGUCAGACAAAUGGCCACUGAAGAAGAACUUUAUUCUCCUAACGCAACUGAGAAAUAUAAACUACUUAGUGUAUUGGGGUUGCAGAGAAAAACUUCUAUUACUGAUGGUGAAGAACAGGCUAGUUGGAAACAAAAAAGGAGACUUCGACAACCUAAAGUAAGAAAUUAUUCCCUGCUUACUGGAACAAGGAAAAGAAAAAUAGAUUGUGCAAAAAGCCAAUUGCAACAAGACCAGAUUAAAGCAAAAGGACUUACUGAUUGCUUUGUUGUCAUUGAGAAGAUCCUACCACCAAUACAGAAACAAAAAGGAGACAAUCAACAAUUAAACAAAGCUCUGUUUGCACUAAAGAAAUCUGAACCUUUAAACUGUAAAAUCAAUUUGUCUCAGGGUUAUACUGGAAAGGAAGUUUGUAGUGCAACUAAAAUACAAAUAAGUAACCCUAAAACUAAAACAGAAGGCUGUUUACUUGACAAGAAAAUCCAGCAAAGAAAUAAAUUUAAUAGCAGUGGAAAUUCUUCAUUAUCCAAAAAGUCACAAUGCCAAACAAAUUCCAGUAUUUCUAAACAAGGCGUGAAGGAUGACAAGUUGUCAAUAAUCUCCUUGGAGGAAGUAGCAGUGUCAUCAAAAACACAGACAAGUGGCCGCAGUGGUACAGAAGGGAGUCCAUUGACCAGGCAAACCAGAAGUUGUGCCUCGUGUGGUAUGUCAGUAAAAUGUUCUUCCUCACUAGGAAGCACUGCUGCUAAGAUGUCUCCGUGCUUGACAGAUCAUGGUCACAGUGGCAGAAGAAGAACCAGACAGUCAUACAAGUCCAUAAUAAACUGUAGAAAGUGUAAAUUAAAGAACUUGGACUAUAUGCCAAGUUGUUCUCAAAAUGCUGCUCAGAAACAUAUGUCAAAAAGAACACUUCUGAAGAAUAAGCUAUCACUAGAAGGGUGUAAUUUUCAUGAAAAUCAAAAACUGUUUUUUGAUGAUAUCUGUGUGGCAGUGCCAUCGAAAAGUAAAGGAAAGCAAGUUCUGAAUAUGAAUCUGUUAAACCAGCUGCCUGCAAAAGCAGGAGAAGCUAAUGUGGGAAAGCUUAAGGGAGAAUAUGAUGGAAAAAGCAGAGUUCCAAAUGUUUGCCAAAAUUCUUCUGCAGUAGGGAAAGAACAGAAGGCAGCAACUCAACUAGAUAGGAGACCAGUUAGAAAUGAGCAGACAAAUUCAUCACGAUUUAGAUGUAAACAAGAGACAAAGAAACAAGAACAGUUAAAAACUGUUUCCAAGGAGCCAGAAAAGCAGAUUCCUAUCACCUCCAAUGAAACACGGCAAGUUAAAAGGAAAGUGAAAAGCACAGGAUGCCGAUCUUUAGAUGCUGAAAACCAUAAUUACUUGCAUAGCAUAAAAACUCCAGUCCUGGGUAAAAGGAAACGUAUACCUACACAGAAAAUAAUUGAAGCUGGUUUCUCCUUUGGAUUCCUUGUAUCAUCUCAAAGAACGGAUAAAAUUAAUAGGUUACCUGUCCAAACCAGAAGCAAACAAUUUAAUUUGUCUCCAAGUCUCAUGAUAAAGAACAACCAUGAAACUGAAUCAAAGAUGCAUGUAAAAGUAAAUUCUAAAGUAACCACUUCAAAUGAGCAAACAGCCGCUAGAAGACAGACUUGUAACACAACUGAACCUAGCUUUGGUCAGAGAAAGUUGACGUGUUCAGAAGUUUCAGAAAGGAUGAAAGAGAAUGUGGCAGCAAAAAUAAAGAGAAUGAAACCUGUUGUCUUAUAUGGAAAGAAGCUAUUAAAUUUGAACAUUAAGAAUACACUGGGUAAAAAAGGGACAAAACCUAAUGCAAAGGCUAAUACUAUAAAGAAAGAUACACAACUGUCUACCUCACAGAAGGCAAUAAAGUUGCAAGAAGUAGCCAGUGCUAGUUCAAAAAUCACAGGUUCCAAGAGCCUACCAAAGAAUUUGCGGGGAGCUGCACAAGUACUGAAGAAAAUGCAGCCAAAAUUUAAGGAAGUAUUAAAAUUGACUCCGAGAGGAAAAUACAUAGCCGAAGAAAGCGUGAAAAAGACCAAAGUUUCAAGAGCCCACACAUGCCAUGAAUGUAGUGCAACAUUCACAAAUUGUGACUCUCUGUUUAUGCACAGAAUGAGACACACGAGGGGAAAGCGCUGGCCAUGUCUUUUAUGUGAUAAAUCCUUCUAUCGCCUGAAGAAAGUCCAAGUUCAUCUUCGCAGUCAUAGUGAGAAGCUGUAUAGAUGUAAACUCUGUGUCACAGUAUCAAAGAAAGUAAAGUAAUAUCAGUCCAAGUGGUAAGGAAUAGCAGAGGUGGAUGGGCCAAAGAACUGAAAUGGUUAUAGUUGCAAGCUGGAGACUGAAAUUGUUUUGAUACAUCUGAAUAUGCUACCACUCAAGACCAGAAGAAUUAUGAGGAAGAUGGGCUGAGUUUUACAGUGCUUGUAUUAGAACAUUAAUCAACAUCUGGGUCUGCUCCAACUUAAUUAUCCUUCAAUGAGCAAAAAAAAAGGAACCUAAUACUAUUCACACCAUUUCAUACCACUCAAAACAUUCAAUUCAUUUUUAAAAUAUGUGUCCAACCCAUAAAUGUUAUCAAAGUUGAGAAGCUCUGUGUACCAAAAGUUUAACCUUAUCCAUUUUGGUUUUUUUUCCAUUCAUGAGUAUAUUUCAUUGCAGCACUGUGGUUGAUUACUGGUUAAUUUGGAAUGGAGAAAAUCUGUGCCUUUUGAGAUUUAUUGUGUACAUUUAAAAAAAAAAUGGUGGUUACUAAAGUCCCAUAGUGGGUAUAAACAAAAGCAUGACUGUUUUCUAUGCACUGGAGCUUGGAGAGUUGUAACUUGAUAGAAUAGGAAUCAUAUUUGGUGUUGAUCUGUGGUUAUAGUCAUGUAUUUGAUGUAACCAUUACUGCUAGAAUGAAGCAAUUGUGCAAAACACUGUAAUGUUCUGUAGAUAACUGGAUAUAAUUACUGUUGUAAAUAUUCAGAAAAAAGUAUGUUCAGUCUAUUUAAAAGAAUGUGGUUAUCCAAUUAACAGCCUACAUAAACUAACUGGUGAAAAAUUUCAUGCUUUAAAUUUAUAUUUAUGAAACUAAUAGUAUAGCUGUAGGUUUUACUACUUGACUAUUUUUAAGAUAAGUUCUUUAUGUAUCUUUAAACUGUUGCACGUUUAUCUCAGAUAGAAGUACACCAGCUUUUUUUUGAGAAAGGGAACUUAAGAAUUUUGCAAAAGGUGCUGACUGUAAUAUUGCAGUUGAAAGGGCCAUUUAAUGUUUAGGAAGCGUUUUCAUUCUGCAAAUUAACUAGUUUGGUUGUAUGUGUUUAAAUAUCUUAAAUGUAUUUCCAUCCCCGACAAGCAUGCAAAUAUGCAUGUGUGCUUGAGCACACUUCCACUCUCCUGCUCAGGUUUUCUUUAACUGAAUGUAUUUGAGAAGAUGAACAUUUGAAUUUGUUUCAUUUUCAAUUGUUUAUGCCAAUUGGCAAUCUUUAAUUUUGAAAAUAUUUGCCAGUCUGAAGGCUGGAAAAAUCCUCUCAUCUCAACCUUGUCUUGAUUUUAAACAUGUUGAAACUAACAAACUUGAACAUUUGUACCAAGGAAUUAAAAUUCAUUCUAAACAGUCUUUGCAUCAUUGUUCACUCACCUGUGGCCUCAUUUCCAAUCAGUUACUUUCUCUUGAACUCUAUACAUGAGCUUCUUUGUGAAUCUUCCCAGAUAUAGUUCUUUAAAUGAACUCCUUGCAUUUGUAGAAGAAACAGUCCUGUAGAAGUGGAAAAGAGAAAGGGUCCUUGUAUAAAUUCGAUUUAUCAUCAAGUUAUUUAUACAAAAAGAGUCACUACUGAAGUUAAAUCGAUUAUUUUACAGCCUCUAAUUUGCUUUCUAUGUUUUCACUUUGUCAAGCUACAGGUAUGUGUUAGGUGAAGCACUAAGGUGGCCUUUUAAAAUGCGAUUUAGAAGUCUAACGUGUUAGUGGAUGUAGCUGAGCCAAGGAAAACUUUGCUGCACAAGUCUUUUUUUGUUUCAGAAGCUAUAUUAAAAAUCCUGACAAAUUAAACAAUAUUAGGUACCUUUUUGCUGAAUGAUGCUUUAAAUUUUAUUUUGAAAGGACAAAUACCUGAAAUGCGGAACAAAGUGACACAUGCUUUAACAUGUUAAGUAUACCUCCAAUUCAUCAUGGUUUUUCCUCUUACUGUCUCAGGUCAGUAUAUUCUGUUGCAGGGCUUUAUAUAAUGGAACUGCUUAUAUUUAAGCCACAGUUUUUGUGGAAAAAAAACAGUACCUGGUGUUGCUUGUGUACUGUGAUAACAUUUACAAUUUUUUACCCCUAAAAACAAUGCAGGAAGCUUAAUGCUUGUAGGUUACAGUAUGCUAUUGUAUGGUGGCUUGAUUCCAUCAGGAAAAAAAAACUUUUGAACUGUUUAAUAUUUUAUUGUUGAAUUUGGUUCCCAUUCCAAAUAUUUUAAACUUUUUAGGAAUGUAAAUUUUGUAUGAACAUUAACAUCUGAACUUUUGUACAUGAAGUUUUACAAUGUUAAGGUCUUUAUAAUAUAGUUUUGAAAAUCCCCAGGAAAGAUGAAUGAAAUUGUUUUUAUUUUACUAUUUUGUAAUUUAACAUUUGUUAGGUAGAUUCAGAAUAGAUUUUUAAGUAAUGAAAUGUUGAUCUAUUAAGGUACUUGUUACUACAUGUUUCACAAAUAAGUGUUUUCCAUCAAUCUUUUUAAUGAAAGUGUAAAUGUACACUCACCAGAUCCUGUAAGUUACUUUUCAUAAAGGACUUUUACUUGUCUUUGAUCAUAGUUAUGCAAUUAUAAAAGCUGUAAAAUAUGAACAAGGAUGUUAAUUUCAUCACAUUGCUUUACAUGAGUAAAAUAAAAGUUUUAUUUACAAUGUGAAGGUAUCCACAGAUCAUAGUUAACUAUUUCCUGCAUAUUGUUUCUGUGGCUACUAUUUUAAUGGUGAAAAUUGCCAUGAACUACAGAAUAUAUUUUGAUCUUUUUGUGAAAAUGGUUUCCAAGUGGAAGCUGGUCCUGCCUAAUUCUUCACUUUGUUCCUUUUAUUAUGAUUAUACAGAACCAAUAAACACUUUUUCUGAAGUAA